AAAAACCUUAACAUCCCAUGGAAAGUUACCAGAAACAUUUUGGAAAUGUACUGCAAAACGUUCCACUGAGCAUCGCGUUCUUUUUGCCAUUCUGAGCCUUCCGUCGGAAUUCACGUGUUUGUGCUCUGCAUUGUUGUUGUUGUUUUUUUUUGGGGGGGGGGCGUUGGUUGAAGAAGUACAGUAAACGGAAUCCACGGGUGCCAUGGGGCAGGUUGAGCCGGCUGCUCCCCCGCUGAGUGGCGUCGUUGGGCGGCCGGCAGCGCUCGGCUCGUCUCGCUGUGGAUUGUGGGAGGCGACGGAGCCAGCCACAGCGAAUCGCCGAGCCGAGCCUUCGCAGUCACCGGGAGACAUUUUACGCCCUUGUACUCGGCUUUGGGUUUCACGAGGCCCCAGUCGCGUCGCGGUGAAAGCAUGUCGAGUCGAGGAGGCAAGAAGAAGCUGACCAAGACGUCGCGCUCCACCAAGGCGGGCGUCAUCUUCCCGGUGGGCCGCAUGCUGCGCUACAUCAAGCGCGGCCUGCCCAAGUACCGCAUCGGGGUGGGCGCGCCCGUCUACCUGGCCGCCGUGCUGGAGUACCUGACCGCUGAGAUCCUGGAAUUGGCGGGCAACGCGGCCCGAGACAACAAGAAGGGACGGGUCACGCCGCGACACAUCCUGCUCGCCAUCGCCAACGACGAGGAACUCAACCAGCUCCUGAAGGGCGUGACCAUCGCGGCGGGCGGCGUCCUGCCCAACAUCCACCCCGAGCUGCUGGCCAAGAAGCGGGGCGCCAAAGGCAAGAUGGAGACGCCCCUCUCGCCCGCCCCCGAGAAGAAAGCCAAGCCGGCCAAGAAGACGACCGGCAAGAAGAUGGGCGGCAAGAAAGGCGCCGGCAAGGCCAAGAAACAGGGCGAGGCCAGCAAGACGGCGUCGGCCGACAGCACCACCGAAGGCUCCCCGGCGGACAGCUUCACCGUCCUGUCCACCAAGAGCCUCUUCCUGGGCCAAAAACUCAACCUCAUCCACAGCGAGGUCAGUAACUUGGCUGGCUUUGACGUGGAGGGGGUCAUCAACCCCACCAACGCCGAACUUGAUCUAAAGGAUGAUCUAGGUUCUGCACUGGAAAAGAAGGGCGGCAAGGAGUUAGCUGAAGCGGUGCUGGAGGUGAAGAAGAAGAACGGGCCGCUGGAUGUGGCAGGAGCUGUCUUGACCGCCGGCUUCGGCCUUCCCGCCAAGUACGUUAUCCACUGCAACAGUCCGGCGUGGGGCUCGGACAAGUGCGAGGACAUGCUGGAGAAGACGGUGAAGAACUGCCUGGCGCUGGCCGACGAGAAGAAGCUCAAGUCGGUGGCCUUCCCGUCUAUCGGCAGCGGAAGGAACGGCUUUCCGAAGCAGACGGCGGCCCAGGUGAUCCUGAAGGCCAUCUCCAGCUACUUUGUGGCCACCAUGUCCUCCACCAUCAAGACGGUUUACUUUGUGCUCUUCGACAGCGAGAGCAUCGGCAUCUACGUGCAGGAAAUGGCCAAGCUGGAGGCCAGUUAAAAGCUUGCACACUCCUUUUUGCUUUCCUAGCGGGACGAGAUGAAGCUCAACUCGUUUUUGCGUUACGUUUGUAUUCUUUCCUAUUUUUUUUUUUCCCCUCCUAAAAAUUUGCUUUCCGGACGUAAUUGCGCACUGAGCUGACCUUUGGACGCAAACAGCGGCGACUAAAUACGAAAAGAGGUUUAAUUUUCUGAAACGGGUAUAUGCAUGUUAGCAGCUCUGUCGCUAGUUAAUUUAAAAAAGGCAAAAAAAAAAAAUCAUCAUCUCGGUAGCGCUCAUAAUUGUGUUUUUAUCGUGUCGCCUUUUUUCUGUCGAGGAAUCUCUCUUUAAGUUUGCUUUUUUUUGGUGUGUUGUGUUUGUUUGCUGUGUGCCCUGCAGUUUUACUCCCCCCACCCAAAAAGGGGGGGGGGCGUGGGGGGGUCAAAUUAAGUGUCAACUGACUGUCCCUCAUCAUCAGGCGAAUCACCAUUGAAAGACAAGUUUUAAUUUUUUUUUUUGGGGGGGGGGGCAGGGCACUGCUGCUUUGCAAAGGCGUGUUUCUAUCAAUGUUUCUAGAUGGAGUAUUUGUGGAAAAAGUUCUUGUUGAAAAGAAUUAUGUCGUAUUUUGAAUUUGCACAUCAUGAAAAGGCACGCUCGGAUUUGGAAGCCGACCGCCGGCCCGCGUCGCUCUUUGUCUGUGUUUUGUCCUCAUUUAGCCGUACAAAAAAAAAAUAACUUUGAGGGGGUGGGGGGGAAGGGGGUAAAUACUGUGGCCGCUAGGUGGCGCACUAGGAUCGGGAAUGGUCAGGUCCUUUUCACUUGGAAUUUGGUUUUGAUGGAUGGAAACGCUCAAAAAGGAUUUUCAACUUUCUUAUUGAGAGGGGAAAAAAACGCUUUCUAAAGAAUGACUCUGGACACACACAAAAAUAAAUCUGUACGCACUCGGAAAAUAAACUCUUUGAAAAUA